UGCAAGCAUCCGUCAGAGCUCGUCUUCAAGGUACGCUCGAGUACCUUAACGUUCGUAGGUGCUGGUGGAGUCCGAGGGGAAAUGUCGAGCGAACAUAGAGACUGUUUGCCACUAUCACGCCGUGACGAAUCUCGUGGUAUGCAAAGACCAUGCACAGAGGUACGUUGGCUCUGCAGAGAAGGGCAUGCACCAGGCCAGAUUAUCGUGUCGUAUGCCGGAUUUGGAGCUCAGCAGACGCUGUGAUAAUGUGGUGUCCGACGAGAGAGACAGCUCGGCUUGCGCUCUUUGGUCAGUGCGACAUGGGAAGGCGGCUACAUUGGCGGGAGCUUGUGAGGGGGCAAUUGGUGCUGCAGGAUACAAAGCGUCAAAGAGCAAGUUUGGGUAUAUCGGGGGGGUUUGUACUGGUAGAAGAGCGCCCCGAUGUGACCGCCAACAUUUGUUGUAAUCGUCAAAACAGGGACGAUCUGCGCUUGCUACGAUACAUCAUUACUCAGCAUGGAACUUCUGCAUCGCCCAUCACCAUCAUGCUCUUUCGUCACACAGAUAAAAAAAAAGAGAUUUCUGAUAUCUAUUGAUAUCUACGAAUCGAAAUCUUGAUUCGAUGGGGAAGUCGUGGCCUUCAAAAUAGCCUCCAUACAACCAUAACGCAACCCGUAGAAUGCUAUCCCUCCACCAAGGCCCUCCACCGAAGGUUUCUCGCUAUGCUAAAUCAUGGG